AUACAAUAUUGGGGACGUAGACGUAAGCACUGUAAAACGAUGCGUUUAAACUCCCAUAUGGCAACAGCUUAGACAAGUCGUCUUCCUCAUCUUCCUUGCUUCCAUAGGGUUUCCAGACUUCACUUCUUCACUGACAUUGCGUUUUAGAUCCACUUAUUCCUGUUUUUUAUAAUCCAUUCUUUUAUUUUAUUAUUAAUUCUACUCAGCAUCGCAAUUACUCCCCGGUUUAGGUUCGGUAAAUUGCGAAAUCGAAGGUUAUUUAUCGUUUUGAGCGACACGAUUCAAUUUCUCGUUCCUUCAUUGCGUUCAACUGUCAUUGCAAGGUGCAGUUGGAAGGGUAUUGAUAAUGGCAACCACUGCUUGUUUCAUCAUUGUUAGCAGAAAUGAUAUUCCUAUUUAUGAAGCUGAAGUUGGAGUAGCUGCUAAAAGGGAGGAUGCUGCUCAGCUGCAUCAGUUUAUCCUGCACGCUGCUCUCGAUGUUGUACAGGACCUUGCAUGGACUACUAGUGCUAUGUACUUGAAAUCAGUAGACAGGUUUAAUGAACUUGUGGUGUCCGUGUAUGUUACAGCUGGUCAUACCCGUUUUAUGUUGCUUCAUGACUCUCGUAAUGAUGAUGGCAUUAAGAGCUUCUUCCAAGAGGUGCAUGAGCUUUACAUAAAGACUCUUCUUAAUCCUCUGUACCUGCCUGGCUCCCGAAUCACAUCAUCACAUUUUGAUACCAAAGUCCGCGCCCUAGCACGAAAGUAUUUGUAGAAACUACUAGUCUGCUCCUGAUGAUAUGUGGUUGACAAGUUGCUUGUUCAUAAAGCAUUAGGCCCUUAUUCCUACCUUGUUAGUUCUUGAAUAACUUUGGAAAACAAUUUUCCCCCUCAUGAUUUAACGGCAAGGGUAGAUUUCCUGUUGCCUAUAGGUAUUGUGUAGAUGGCUGUGUUUGGAAGGCCAUAUGUUGACAAAGGUUUUCCAUUGCUAGUGGUUACAAUUUGUAAUGCUUACCGACGGGUCUUCUUCUCAAAGAUCAACCAUUUGAUUUUAAGUUGCAGAUAAUGAUUUUCCUCCUUUGUGGCUUUGUGCUUCAAAA